AUGCCGCCAAGCCUAUCACGGCAUAGCCCUUACAGCAAAAGGAAUAAGCAAUUGAGGAUGGCGACCCAGACACUCGCAAACUGGGCCGUGGCCCUACAAUUUGCAUCAUUGCCACGAGGAGUCAUCAACGCCGCCAUCCGCAGCUUCUACAAACUGGGCCGGUUGCACAGUUGCUCCGAUGGCGUAGAUCUUGACGCUAUGCACGCCGCCCUGCUGAAUGGGAUUGCGUCGCAUGUCCACGAUUACGACGAUACGCAUCUGGAUACGAUUAUUCACCCCACCGGCCCGGUUGCCUCGGCUCUGUUGGCUAUGGCGGAAUCGCUGGAUCGGUCAGUUUCUGGAGAGGAGUUUAUUCUCGCUCUUGUUGUUGGAAUUGAGUCGGAGUGUAAGGUUGGGUUGAGUGUGUGGCCUGAUCAUUAUGAUGUUGGAUGGCACAUUACGAGCUCAACUGGAUCGAUCGGCGCAGCAGUAGCUGUUUCACAAUUAUUAAAUUUAUCACCGGCACAAACGGCACAUGCCAUCGGUCUCGCGGCGACCCAGGUGACAGGAUUGCGUGAGAUGUUUGGUUCGCAUACCAAAUCCUUGCAUCCCGGUCGGGCCGCACAAAACGGGCUCUUAGCAGCCAUUCUGGCUUCAGCGGAUUACACCAGCUCGACGCAGGCGUUGGAAGCGAAGCGUGGCUGGGCGAAUGUAGUCAGUUCCAUGCAGCAUCUCGACGAGCAGAUGGCAACUCUCCCGCCCAAUGGACGGUGGGAAAUCGAACGGAACUCGUUCAAGCCCUUCCCUUGUGGAAUUGUGGUACAUCCAGUCAUUGAUGGGAGUAUCUUUCUCCAUGGACAGCUGGAGCGAAAUGGAAUUAAGAUAAAGGAUAUACGGAAAGUUGAGGUAAUUGUUCACCCGUUGGUCAUUGAGUUGGCUGGUAAGACGGCGCCGAAAGAUGGACUUGAGGCCAAAUUCAGCGUUUACCAUGGGGCGUCGGUGGGCCUUUUGUUUGGGAAAGCCACGCCGGCGCAGUAUGAGGAACCAGUUGUCAAUGAUAGUCAGGUAGUGUGGCUGAGAGAUCGGACGAGAGCCACCGUCGACGAAAAACUGCGACCUGAUGAGGCUGUCGUUAUCAUCCGUGUAUCGAACGAUGGGGAUGAUUCAGUUACAGAGGUCCAUAUUGACCAUGCAGUGGGCAGUCGGGAACGCCCCAUGUCUGAUUCUCAAUUGACACACAAGUUUGUUGAUCAAUGUGUUCUGGUUUUGGGACAGGAUCAGACUGAGCGAGCGAGUCGCUGGUGCUGGGACUUGGAGAACCAGGCCGAUGUGCGUGACAUCAAGAGUGUCUUAUAG